CAUUGGUGUGGGAAUGGGUGAAUAAAGUUUGAGCUGCAAAGAAGAAGGUUGAUGUUCUUGUCCUCUCUCUCAUGAAGGUUUGAUGUUCUGGUUUCAAAUGGCUGUUUUCUGCUGCUGGCUGUUUUCUGCUGUGAACAUCCUCUGGCAUUUCCGACCCGCAAGUUUUUUCAGCAGCUCCGAGUCCUGCGCUCAGAUGAAUAGGAGGAAGCGCUGCACACAGACUUUUUCCUCCCUCAGAGACACACUUCCCCUCUUCCCCUCAGCAGCGCUCUUCAGAAACUGGAGAGCGCGUGAGGGAGCAACAUGGAGGCCCUGUCUCUGGUUCUAGAUUUGGUUCUGCUGCUUGGACCAUCUUAUCUGUACACAUCCUCCGUUCCCAGAUCACCUCACUCUACUAAUACACCGGUGGAGCUCUCCAGCAACAAUGAUAUCUAUACCAGUUCUUCUUAUAAAACAGGCCCUACUGAACCUUUAACAGGCACAGAAGAACCCUACAGAACCCUCCAAGAGAUCAUCAGUUCCAGUGCUCACAGCUCAGCAGCUAAAGAAGCCAAAGAGUAUACAAACCCCAACAAACCUCCUGAUUUACGGACCAACGUUUCUUUCUCAGUUACUCCACUUUCAGGUGUAAACAGCAAUCAGACUGAUUUAUCGAAUUCCCCUGAGCUCACGGCCAGUCAAGCACCUGUGUCAGACGGAAGAGGCAUGGAACUCCAGAGUGCAUCAAGUUCAGUACAGACAGAAGUGUUUAGCAGGCCUUUUUUGAUCAAAAACCAGACUGAGCUUAGACCAAGUAGAUUCACCAGCGCCAGCCAUUCUACAGCAGAUCCACAUGUGACAGGUGACAAAUCAGCCUCCACAGAGCUGACCCAUGUCUCAGCUACGACUAAAUCACAGUCUAUGACUAAAUCAACGACUGCCAUGGAGAGCUCAACUCCACCCUUCACUGUACCCGCUGCAGCACACCUGACAUCUGCUUCUAUCACACAAUCGCAUUCUAUCCCCACAGAGAGUCGUGGUCCAGUAUCCCAAGAUUCACUAUCAGCCACAGGCUCCACCCACCAUUCAAAGACAUUUGUGAGCACGAAAACAGGCGUAACCACACUUUUUGACAUAAAUGAAAUGUCAGCUGCGACAACACUGUUGACCAAAUUUGUGACAACACCUGCAACCAAUCCUGAAAGCACACCUGUGACAACACCUGCAACCAAUCCUGCAAGCACACCUGUGAAAACACUUCCAACAAAUCCUGUAAGCACACCUGUGACAACACCUCCAACAAAUCCUGCAAGCACACCUGUGACAACACCUCCAACAAAUCCUGCAAGCACACCUGUGGCAACACCUCCAACCAAUUCUGCAAGCACACCUGUGACAACACCUCCAACCAAUCCUGCAAGCACACCUGUGACAUCUUUGACUGAACCCUCAAGCACACCUGUGACAACACCUCCAACAAAUCCUGCAAGCACACCUGUGACAUCUUUGACUGAACCCUCAAGCACACCUGUGACAACACCUCCAACCAAUUCUGCAAGCACACCUGUGACAACACCUGCAACCAAUCCUGCAAGCACACCUGUGACAACAUCUUUGACUGAACCCUCAAGCACACCUGUGACAACACCUGUGACCAAACCUAAAACCACACCUGUGACAAAAACUGUAACUGAAGCUGUGAUCACAUCUGGAACCAGACCUGUCAAGACACCUGUUACCCCACCUGCAACUGGACCUGAGACCAUACCAGACACAACACCUGUAGACACUGCUACAACCACACCUGUGACCAUACCUGCUCCUUUGAACUCAAGUAUGUCUGUAUAUACGAGCAUACCUGUAAAUACUCCUACGAACUUACUUGUGUCCACAACUACACCUACAAAUCUGAUCACAGAUUUGGUAAAACCUGAGACCAAUUCUGCAACAAAAUAUGUGAGCACAGCAAAGACCCUACCUGGUAUGACAUCCAUGAAAACACUUGCAACCAAGUCAAUGGCUACAUCUGUGACAACACCUGGGGAGAAACCUGUAACCAAAACUAUAACAGUACCUGGGAUAACACUGGAGACUGAACCUAUGACAAUACCUCUUACUACACCUGUAACCAAACCUGUGACUUCACCUAUGUACGAUCUAAGAACCACUCCUAUGACCAAAGCAACAACAAAAGAUGUGACCACACCUGUGACAUAUGUGGAGAAACUGACAACGACACCCGAGACCACUCGUUUAACUACACUUAGAACUGUGUCAAAACAUUUAACCACACCUGUGACCGUUCUGACCACACGUGCAGCAUCUGCAACAACUGUCACACCUAAAAGAACUCCUACAAUCACAUAUGGAGAUGUUCAACAGGGUGUAAAAACAUCUACACCUGCUUCACCAUUUCGUACCUCUGUGGCCACAAGUAAGACCUCUGCUUUUACACCUUCAACUCCAUCUUUGGCCACUACCCCUUCUACAACCAGAAAACCCAUCACAGGAACCGCCCAGGUAAGGACUACCAUCGGCACAAUCCUCCAGCCUCCUUUGAGUACAAGUACAGUUCCAGCCUCUCUGCAGGUUCACACAUCAAUGGGACCCAGAUGUGCUCCACAUGUAGCAGAGAUCACCUCCAGUUCAGACUCAGCAGUUCUCCUGUUGACCAGCACCAGCGUAUCGUGUGAAUUCACAGCCACCAUCAACUCAUCUUCCCCGCCUGGCAUCUUUCACUGUGAGCUGCAUGGGGAAAACAGCAGCUUGUUCAUCUGCCACAUCAACAACUUGGAACCAGGAACCCUCUACCAGCUGACUGUGACCUCCAGGAAAGAUGGAGGCCAAAGCAACACCUUCAUGUGGACAGCUCCCUCUGCUGCAGUCCACCUGCAGGCAGCCUCCACCUCAACUGAGAAAAUCAGGGCAUCUUGGCAGGCUGGUCCUGGACGGUUGGAGAACUUUAGAGUUCUGCUGACGGACUGGAACGGAGUUCCUCUGCAAAGCCUCACUGUGAAGAAUACCACCACGUCUGUUGACUUUGAGGGUUUACAGCCGGGUACUCAGUACACCGUCACCGUGGUAGCAGAGGCUGCUGGCCUGCAGAGCUCCACCUCCACUGACGCUAUCACAGUGCCAGGCCUGCCAUCCACUUUCUCCAUGUCCAUCAACAGCCGGACUGUGCGACUCAGCUGGGAACCCCCCAGAGGAAACUUUGACAACUACUGCGCCCUGGUACUAGACGGCACCACCGUUCUUCUGAACCAGACUGUCAGUAAGCUGAGCAGCGAGCUUGUCAUAUCGGCUGCUACUCUUGGCCUGGUGCCUGGACGCCUUUACACGGCAGAGCUCACCGUGCACUAUGGCAUUCUGGGUAACACAACACGCUGCAGCAGCAGAUUGGAACCUCAGCCUGUGGAGAAGCUGCACAUCCGCCACGCUGACGAAACAUCUUUGAGUGUCCAGUGGAUUCCUCCCAUUGGACAAUGGGAUGGCUUUGUGGUUAUCCUCAAAGAGGACCUCUCCACUGCUGUGUCUCAGAGGACCCUCAGGGUGGAUGCCAGAGAUUGUACCUUCAACAGCCUCACUCCAGGACGCCGUCACACUGUCACUGUGGUAACCAGAAGCGGCAACUUGAGCAGCUUAGCUUCGGUGAUGGCGUGGACCACUCCCGCUCGGGUUGGUCACAUCCAAGUUUUUAGUCUAGGCAGCACCAACAGUCUGCAGACCCUGUGGGAACCAGCCUCUGGAGACCUCGACUGGUAUCAGGUUCUGCUGGUCCAUGACAGCAGUGUCAUCAAGAAUGAGAGUGUUGGAGUGAACACCAGCAGUGUUGUCUUCCAAGAACUGAAACCAGGAGCUCUGUACAAGGUUGUGGUCACAACAGUGAGGGCCGGACUCACCUCCAGACAAGCUGUGGGAGAGGGACGCACAGCACCAGCUGCAAUCACAGACGUGCGGGUCAGUAACAAUGGCCGGACAGACUUCCUGACGGUGUCCUGGGGCCAGGCUCCAGGUGAGGUAGACAGUUACCUGGUGACUCUGGCAGACCCGGACAGGACACUCCACACUGUGGCUGUCUCCAAAUCCAACCCCAGUUGCGUCUUCAAUUCGCUGGUUCCUGGAAGGCUUUAUAACAUUUCCAUCACCAGCUGCAGUGGGCGUUACCAAAACAGCACCAUCAUCCAGGAGAGAACCCAACCAGCCAAGGUGCAAAGCCCAACAGCAACCCACGGUGCUAGAGACGACUACCUGAAGGUGUACUGGCGCCAUGCUGCCGGAGACCUGGACCGGUACCAGGUGUUCAUCAAACACAACAACACCCUCCUUCAGAAUAAGACGUUGCCAAAAGUGCAGAGUGAGUGCGUGUUCAUGGGCCUGGCACCUGGACGUCUGUACACAGUGCUGGUGAACACCUGGAGUGGGGCGUAUGAGGCCAGUGCCUCCACCUAUGGUCGGACCUUGCCAGCACCAGUCAGAUCUCUGGCUCUAACAGGUUCAGGGACAAAGGAGCUCCGGGUUUCAUGGCUGCCGGCUGAAGGUGACGUGGAUCACUAUGAGGUACAGCUGCUGUACAGCGACAUGAAGGUGUUUCCACCUGUCACUCUGGGAAGCAACGUAAGGGUGUGUGUCCUGACAUCACUCACACCCGGACGACUUUACAAGAUCCUGGUGUCUACCUUCAGCGGUCCCAACCAGAGGGCCCACUUUAUUGAAGGCCGUACAGUUCCCAGUAAGGUGAAGAACAUCCAUGUCAGUAAUGAAGGGGGCAGCAGCAGCCUGAAGGUGAGCUGGACUCCAGGACAGGGCGACGUGGACGGCUACUCUGUGUUUCUGUACCAAGGAGGCCGAGAGCUCAGUGUGCGUGCCGUCCUCAAACGGCAAAAUGAGUUGACCUUUGAUUCACUGCAGCCGGGUCAGCUGUACAGCAUCGUAGUUCAGUCUGUGAGCGGACAGCUUCUGAACAACUACACCACCACUGGCCGCACAGUCCCGCUGUCAGUCACAGGACUGCAGGUGGAUCCCCUUCAAAGCACCUGCAGCCUCCAAGUGAGCUGGCAGGAAGCUCUGGGCAUUGCAGAUGGAUACAUCCUGCAGGUCCUAGAUGACAGAGGAAGUCUGGUCACAAAUGCCUCACAGCUCUUUGGACUCACACGUCACAGGUUUGAUGGCCUUGAACCAGGGAAGAACUACCAAUUGCUGGUCCAGACCACCAGUGGAGGUAUCAACAGCCAAGGGGUCAGCAUCAAGGCUCGAACAUGGCCUGCCGCCAUCACCAGCCUGUCCAUCAAAACCAGCACCACCACCAGCCUGUCCUUCCACUGGUCGCCACCAGAGGGAGACUUUCAAUUUUACGAGAUCUUCUUGUAUAAAAGCGACAACUCCCUGCAGGAAAGUCGGCGUUUGCAGUCCAGCAGUCAGCAAUGUUCCUUUCAGGGUCUCCGACCCGGGGCGCCUUAUCGGAUGGUGAUUGUAAUCCACAGCGGCACGCAGACCAACCAGACCUCCACGUGGGCCAGGACAGUGCCAGCAGCGGUGGUGUCUCUGAAGGCUAGCAGUGGGAACCAGUCCGACCGUCUGUGGGUGACCUGGGAUCAUGGUGGUGGGGAUGUGAGCGGGUACCUGCUGUCUCUCUACAAUCCUGAUGGCUCCAAGCAGGCUGACCAUCAGCUGGGCUCAGAUUCCACAGAGUUUGUCCUCUCGGGCCUCGUACCGGGCCGACAGUACCAAGCUGAGGUUCUGAGUCUGAGCGGAGAACUCCACAACCGAGCCAGCACCAAUGGCCGGACGGCUCCUAAACCUCCCACAUCCUUUUUGUUUGGGGGGGUCACUAACACCUCACUGGAGAUCACCUGGACUGGUCCUGUAGACUCAGACUAUGAUGACUUUGACCUGCAGUGGAACCCUCAUGACCAGCUGUCUGUCACCAACCCCUACCACAGCAGGACAUCGGGCAGUCGUAUCCUGACAGGUCUGUUCCCUGGACGGCUUUACAGCUUCAGCCUUCGUACCGUCAGUGGGGCCACACAGCCAGGGGCCACGGCCACCCGCAGCACCCCCAUCUACAACAGCAUCCGAACCAGGCCAGGGCGAGUCAUCGGCCUCCAUUGCCGGCCCCAAAGCUCCACCUCCAUCUCCUGUUCCUGGACCCCCCCAGAGGCGGAUUACGACUCCUACAACAUUGAGUGUGUUCAUCAGGACUCCCGCACCCUGGUCUACUCUCGGCGCACCGGCAGAGACUCCACCAGCUAUGUCAUUACUCAGCUGGAGCCUCACAGACGCUAUACAGUCUCUGUAAAGGUCAUCUCUGCUGGAGCCACCAGCAGGGAGGCAGAGGACAGCGUGGUCACCAUGAUCGAUCGUCCUCCCGCACUCCCCAUUGGUACCCGAGUCAGUGAGAGGUCCACUGUUGUUACCACCUGCUCCAUCUUGUUCUGGUUUAACUGCAGCUGGUUCAGUGAUACCAACGGUGCUAUCAAGUUCUUCACUGUGGUGGUGACAGAGUCUAACGGUGUGGAAGAUUCCCUGCCCGACCAGUAUCACCCACUACCUUCUUACAGGGACUACAUCUCCAACAGCUCCAUCAAGUCCUACCAAACCAGUUACUUCUCCAGCUACUGCUCAGAGAGCCUGGAUAGCAAUGCUCAUGUCUUCAACAUCAGCCUGGGGUCAGGCAUGGAACCGCUGGGGGGCCCUUGUGAGCCCAGCAGUGACCUAAACCAGUUCUGUGAUGGACCACUGAAGCCCAGGACUUCCUACAGGCUCAGCAUCCGGGCUUUCACUCAGCUCUUCCAUGAAGACUCAAUGGACAUCAGCACCUUCAGUCCUCUGUUCACCGACACGUAUCUGUCUCUGCCCAUUGUCACUGAGACUGAAAGUCUGAACGGGGUCAUUGGAGGCAUCAGCGCUGGACUGUUCCUCGUUGCAGUGGUCGUGGUUAUCACCGCUCUGUUGGUUUGCAGACGCAGGGUUGACAGAGUGGGCGAGGAAAGGCCAGUUCUCGGCAUGAGUCAGAGGAGGGACAGAAUGAGUACAGGAACCCAGCUGGGUAUCAAAGGAAGCAGAAGAACCUUUAGCAGUCCCAUCAGGAUCAUGAACUUUGAGUCCCACUUCAACAAGCUGCAAGCAGACUCCAACUAUCUUCUGUCAGAAGAGUAUGAGGAUCUGAAGGAUGUUGGUCGGAAUCAGCCUCUGGACUCAGCUCUGCUGCCAGAAAACCGUGGGAAGAACCGGUACAAUAACAUCCUCCCCUAUGAUUCCACCAGGGUGAAGCUCUCCUAUGUGGACGACGAUCCCUGUUCGGACUACAUCAACGCAAGCUACAUCCCAGGCAAUAAUUUUCGCCGGGAGUACAUCGCCACACAGGGUCCACUGCCAGGAACUAAAGAUGAUUUCUGGAAGAUGGUCUGGGAACAGAAUGUCCACAACGUGGUGAUGGUCACGCAGUGUGUGGAGAAAGGCAGAGUAAAGUGUGACCACUACUGGCCCUUUGAUCAGGACCCGCUGUACUACGGAGACCUGAUUGUGCAGAUGCUUUCAGAGUCGGUGCUGCCAGAGUGGACGAUCCGAGAGUUCAGAAUCUGCAGCGAGGAGCAGCUGAGCUUUAGCCGUUUGGUUCGGCAGUUUCAUUACACGGUGUGGCCCGAUCACGGCACUCCUGACAACACUCAGUCCCUAAUCCAGUUUGUCCGAACAGUGCGGGACUAUGUCAACAGGUCCCCUGGUUCUGGUCCUACUGUGGUCCACUGCAGUGCUGGAGUUGGCCGUUCAGGGACUUUCAUUGUCUUGGAUCGAGUGCUACAGCAGCUGGAUGUCAGGGACACAGUGGACAUCUACGGCGCUGUCUUUGAUCUGCGGCUCCACCGUUCACACAUGGUGCAGACUGAGGGUCAGUACUCUUACCUGCAUCACUGUGUUCGAGAUGUCCUGAGAGCCCGAAAGCUGCGCAACGAGCAGGACUGCCACCAUGCUCCCCUGAGAAUAUAAGUCCAGAGAGAUGGUGAAUCAGUCCGCAUGCCAAGAAGCUGCAGAGAAAACCUUCAUUUUUUUAUUUUCAUGCGCACACAUGUAUGUGUGUGUUUUUGUUUGUACAAAACCUUUCACUUAUUUAUGUUCCCCGUGACAAUGUGGCAAUGCGUUACUUUCCUGUGUGACUGCACUAACUUCAGUCAGCAUAAAGUACCUUCUUUCAGCACUGAUGUGUAGGAGUGUGUAUGUGUGUGUGUGUGUGCAUGUGUUGUGACUGUAAUACAAAAAACAGUGCCUACAGCUCAAUAAAUACACAACACGUGCACAAAUGCUUGACUUUUGUAAUUAUUCAUUUGGAAUAAGUAAAGAUAACUGCAGCAACACAAAACUGUCGCAGAAUCCCAAAAUUUCAAUGAUUAAAAAAGUAAAACAAAACAAAAAAAUCAACAGUACACAUGAACACACAACAGCUGCACACAAAACACCCACAACUUUAGCAACAUAAACAAAGCAAUAGGAACACAAUCAUACAACUAUGUCAACACAAUCAAAACUACAGAAACACAAUCAUAAAAUUACAGCCACACGUACACAAAACUGCACUAACAAAAAACAAAACUAUAGCAACAAAUAAUAAAACUACAGCAACACCUUUAAAACUACAGAAAGACAAUCACAAAAAUGCAAUAACAAAA